AAAGGCGAAGAAAUGCGACUUUAUUACAAUUUACUCAGGGAAAACAAACGCCACUUUCCAAGGUUCCUCUAUCUCUAAGAACGUCAAGAGCUAAACCAAGAAAGGAAGGCGUUAGGUGGAUUGUUGGCGAACUUGAAGCUACUAUGAAAUAAAUCUAAGCGACUACCCGUUAGCUGACCCGGCUCUUUCGGAUCGCCGCGGCCGGCUUGCUCUGCCCUCUAGUGGACAUUUGUGGUGUCGCAGCUCCGAGCUCUCAUUGUGGAAAAGCCGGCCACCUUCAGACAGCGCCGCGUGCUGACGCGGUCGGCUCACAGCCUAGCCAGCGCUCUCCUCUUGCCUUCCUACUGCAUCCUGCCACUAGCAGAGCCGCAGGCUAGGGGAUUGCGAAGCCUCCGACAUCUACCCGUGGUGGCACGGAGAGUGGCGCCAGCAGCUCUCCCAAUCUGGGCGGAGAGUCCAUGCGUCUUUGAGUCCAUCCACUGCGGUGCAACUUCCCCUGUGGCAAGGCAACUUUGGACUAACCUGCAGUCUCACUUCAGGUGGCUGGGUCCUGCGCACCGUGGGGACAGAAUGGCUAGGUCCUACCUGUAGGAUCAUCAGGCAGAGCUGCUGACUCUAUCCUGGGGCCCCAAGCUCAAAUCUGCAGAAGCUCAAAGAAGGGACCUCAAACCGGGAUUUCUACGCUCACCACGGAGAAGUCACCACCACGGAGCAGCCCCAUGGCUGGGUUUGUCCCCUGAGACUCAGGUAACUUCAGAUUCCCAGGAAGGGGGACACACACACCCCACACGCUCGUCCUAAGUGAAGCGCAACGAUCUCGUCGCGGUUCUCCUGGUUUGUUUCAGCAAGAGGACAGGCAGGUCAGUGCGCGGGUGCUCCCAUAGACACCUGGACGAGCGCGCACUGGGCCCCGCCCACGUGCCACGCUUUAAAUAGCCAUACAGUCGGGUGCUCCCUCGCGGUCGCGGUCAUGGAGGGCACGCCCGCAGCCAACUGGAGUCUCGAGUUGGACCUCGGGAGUGGAGUGCCACCAGGGGAGGAGGGUAACCGCACGGCCGAGCCGCCACGACGCAACGAGGCCCUGGCGCGCGUGGAGGUGGCGGUCCUGUGUCUCAUUCUGUUCCUGGCACUGAGCGGCAACGCGUGCGUGCUGCUGGCGCUGCGCACGACGCGCCACAAGCACUCGCGCCUCUUCUUUUUCAUGAAGCACCUGAGCAUCGCCGACCUGGUGGUGGCUGUGUUCCAGGUCCUCCCGCAGCUGCUGUGGGACAUCACCUUCCGCUUCUACGGGCCCGACCUGCUGUGUCGUCUGGUCAAAUACUUGCAGGUGGUGGGCAUGUUCGCCUCCACCUACCUGCUGCUGCUGAUGUCGCUCGACCGCUGCCUGGCCAUCUGCCAGCCGCUGCGCUCGCUGCGCCGCCGAACCGACCGCCUGGCGGUGCUGGCGACGUGGCUCGGCUGCCUGGUGGCCAGCGCGCCGCAGGUGCACAUUUUCUCGCUGCGCGAAGUGGCAGACGGCGUCUUCGAUUGCUGGGCGGUCUUCAUCCAGCCCUGGGGACCCAAGGCCUACGUCACGUGGAUCACGCUCGCCGUCUACAUUGUACCGGUCAUCGUGCUGGCCGCCUGCUAUGGUCUCAUCAGCUUCAAGAUCUGGCAGAAUCUGCGACUCAAGACGGCAGCGGCCGCGGCGGCGGCUGAGGGGAACGACGCGGCCGCUGGAGCUGGGCGUGAGGCCUUGGCACGGGUCAGUAGUGUCAAGCUUAUCUCCAAGGCCAAAAUCCGCACAGUGAAGAUGACCUUCAUCAUCGUUCUGGCCUUCAUCGUGUGCUGGACGCCAUUUUUCUUCGUGCAGAUGUGGAGCGUCUGGGACGUCAAUGCGCCCAAGGAAGCUUCUGCCUUCAUCAUUGCCAUGCUCCUGGCCAGCCUCAACAGCUGCUGCAACCCGUGGAUCUACAUGCUCUUCACAGGCCACCUCUUCCACGAACUUGUGCAGCGUUUCCUCUGCUGCUCGGCUCGUUACCUGAAGGGCAGCCGGCCUGGAGAGACAAGCAUCAGCAAGAAAAGCAACUCAUCCACCUUUGUCCUGAGUCGUCGCAGCUCGAGCCAGAGGAGCUGCUCUCAGCCAUCCUCGGCAUGAGCUAGAGGCUUGGCCCACCAGGCCAGCCGCUGGGUUGUUGUGUGGCCUCCGGUCUUCCCCCUGGUGGCUGUGCACGGAGCUGUAUAAGGUGCCUAUUGGUUUGCAUCCCUCCUCUCCUUGGGUUGGCUAGUGUGUCAUAUUCUGACUUGGGGUAGGGAAAUGUCUCUAUGGGAGAUGACAAGGUCACUCAGCCAUCAGAGGGUCACCUGGACUCCCACCUGUUUCUACUACCCUGACCCAAGUGCUCCUGGGCUGUGGGUGGACUCUCCUGCACCUGGCUUUUGUCCCCCGCCCCCCUUGCCCCUUGUUUAUCCUGGUGUCUUGGGAAAGACAGCACGCCUAGGAUUGGUGACCGGUUAACUUGAGGAAGCUCAGUGGGCUGAGACAAGGAGUGAGAAAUGAGGCUGCAGACGCAGAGUGGUGCUAAUUUCUUUCUGACCUGAGUUGCGUGGACAGAUCUUAGCAUCCUUAGGGCAUCCCAGAAAGCAUUGGGAGCUGGACACUGAGCCGUGAGGCCACCUGGCUCUGAAAGGCAUUGAGCACGAGGGCCAAAAUGUUGAAGACAAAGCUGUUGCUUGACAAACAUUUGGGAAGGAAAAGGAAAUGAGAGCUAUCCAGGACAGACAAGGGAGGAGAGCCGUUUGUACACACACUGACCCCUGCAUCUGUGAUCCUAGGAGCACUCACGUAUAUAUGUGUACAUGCACACAUAUGCAAGUAACCCUUCUCCUCUCUCUCUCUCUCUCUCUCUCUCUCUCUCUCUCUCUCUCUCUCUCUCUCUCCCCUCUCUUCCUCCUGACCACCUCUCCCCAGAGCUGACAGAUGAAUAGCAAGCUUAGUGCCGGAUCAAUCAAUGUACAAAGAUUGUUCAUAUUUUCUUAUACUGUUGGUGACCAGUGGAAAAGUGAAGUAAGGAGUGUCCACCCAUAAAAGUCUCAGAAUGAAUAAAGGAGGGCUAGGGUUAACUGAGGAAACGUAAGCCCGUGCCCUGAAAGCUGUACAUAAGCACUGGAGGAAAGUAAAGAAGAAUAAAUAAAUGGGGCCACCUUGUACUUAUGAACCAGAGAUGUAAUAUUAUUGGACAGAUUUGAUGUAAUCCUCAUCAAAAUCCUAGCUGGCUUCUGUAGAAAUUGAUAAAAUGAUCCUAAAAUUCCCAAGGAGAUGGGACUUGGGGUGUUAAGAUGCUUUGGAAUUUGUGGUGGGUUCACAAUUUUGAGAACAUAUUAAAAAUUGAUAAAACAAACUCCAGAGGCCGAGGAGAUGGCUCACUCAGAGAAGUGUGUGCUGAGCAAGUGUGAGGACCCAACUUCAGCACCUAGUAUCCAUGGAGAAGCCAGGCUCAGUGUGUCUUAACCUCAGCCUUGGGGUGGGGAGUGGCGACAGGUGGAUCCCAGAGACUCGCAGGGCAGCCAGCCUAGCAGACUAAUCAACUUCCAGUUCAGCAAGAGACUCUAUCUCAAGAUAAAUAACUAAGUACAUAAAAAUAAGAUGGAGAGUGACAGAAGAAAUCACGGGAAGUCGACUUUUGGUAUCUACAUGUACCUGUGGAUACACAACAUACACAUACUUACAUGGCAAGCAGAUACGCAAACAUAUGCACGCAUGCACACACACAAACCCACUAAAUUAUAUACACUUGAAAAUGUGAAAAAAAGUUCAAGAGCUGAGUCUGGGAAAACCAAAACGAUGGCUGAAUUUCUUGGCCUGUCUUCCUCCAGUGCAGUUUCUCUCAGGACUCACUGCCUCCUGUGUCUGCAGGAGAGGUGGGUUCUAUUCUGGCCUGUGAAAGCAGUGAUCUUCCCUAUCUGGCUUUAAGAAGGCCCGGAAGAGGCUCUGCAGCUGUGGCCUGUGUUCUUUAGAACAGCACUUCCCUAGGAGUCUUAAAGGUUUUGUUUAUUGGCUACACAUGCUCUCAAAUGUCCUCUCAGCCUUGAGGGCAGGCUACAACUCUGUCUCAGAAAUACCUUUGGCCAUUAAACAUAGGACACAACUGAAUAGUGGCUUUCUGUCUGUGGCUGGGCACUGUGCACUCUAGAGUCCCUUUGAAAAAGCCAGACAUAAUUCCAGACUUACUGAAAUAUAUCAAGGGCACUUCCAAAAAGCCUUGAAUCUGUAGAUCCAUUUUGUUACCCACCCCCAUAUUUCUGAACACAUUUUCUCCUGCUACACUGCAGUAUUUGCCCAAACCCAUACACAUACCUGUAUGCCCACAAGCACACAUGAAUAUGAACCAGUACAGUCCAGUGUUCAGGGAGGAGAGAGCCAUGUGCCACAGUGCCCAAGUUCAACGUCCUCAAUUUAGGGCAAGCUGGUUGACACCAGCUGGAGACAGGAGGCAAUGUCAUUUUUGGACCGAGGGACACUAACCCUCAUGCAUGCAGUGUCACACCAGCUAGUCCCUGCUCUUUGAGAAGCUAGCAAGAUUCUGCUUUAGGGUGUCUGUGCCAAGACCAUCCUGCUUGCCUGAGUGCAGACACGGCAGUAGGGAGGGAGCCUGUUAGCAUCCGUGUCUUGCAGAUGUUCUGAGUCCUUGCUAUCCACAGAGAAGUUGCUAUCCUUAGAGCCAACAGGUGUCACUAGGGGUCAAGGGAAGGAGUGACUCAGAUAUUCUGACCCUGGACACAGUGUUCCUGAGAGGGCAUAGAAACCUACUGGGGUGCUGCUGUCAGUCUCCGUGAAAGCUCUAGCUGGUCCUUGAGUCUUGUCCUGACAUCCGAUCUAUGACAUAAGUGACAAUUGACUUUACCAGCAACACUGGAUUGGCACUGUACUGUCCCAAUCUCAUGGGAGAAUAUUUUUUUUUAUCAUUUCUUCAAUUGUUAUCUCUCCCAUGAAAGCUAAGGACCUCAAGGGGUUCAAAACACUCCCUCCCAAUCCUGCAGCCUGUAUUCUCCUUCCUUGGACCUCACACUUGACAUCUUCAGCAUCCCUUCUAUUUUACAACCUGUUUACAAUUCAUGUGCAGGGUUGAAGUCGGUAUUAAAUUGGAGCAUGCUGAAUGUUCUGGAAUGUUUUGUUGCUUUGGCCAUGAGGAGUCAGUGUGCAAACUGUUAGAGUUAUUUAGGCCCUGCCAGAAAAGAAUCUGCAUUUAAAAAUCUGUGGUCUCCUUUUGGGACAAAUCUGAGCCAUCACUUCAGGGAGCACAAGGGGAUGUCAGUGUGGGCUGCAGGAUGAUGGUCCUGGCUUUCGGCAUGUAACUUUUGUAUUCAACUGUAGUGAGAGGGCCCUCAGCACACAGUGUGAAUUCCUUGAUAGUGUUAUUUCAUGGACAUUUGUGUGGUGCCCAGUGUCCCCUGCAUCUGGUGAGUGAUGUCACCAAUCCUGAAAUGCCUGCUUUACCAGCUGCUUCAUAAAUGGUGCACUUAAUAAACAUUUUUUUUCUGUA